AUGUAUAUAAUCACUCAUGUAGUUGUAGAUGGUCAAAGAUUUAUUGCAAUGAACAUUACCUUUAAGAACCUAGCAGGAGCAGCCAAGUUACAAAACGAGAUUUUAAAUAUCCAAAAGUUUCGAAGAAUUGUUUCCUAUAUUGGAUUCUAUUGCUUUAUUACAGUUAUCACAUAUGCGUACCCCAACAACACAACUAGAGCUGGGUACUCGAGAGCUAACCAGUUCUAUGCUUCUUAUCUGACUGGAACAGAGCUUCUUACGGACACCACUAAGUUAUAUAAAGCAGCACUGGGGAAUGUUUUUGAAGAAGAUGAAUGGGGGCUAGUUGAAUGGUGCAUCCUGGCUAAACAUUUUGAAUGUGAAGAAAAAUCACCAUACGAUCAUGCUUAAUACAUGGCACACCUCAGUUCUAAUGGACAACUAGACGGAAGUGGCUAG